CUGCUGGAGAGGUGAGCACCACUCUGGCGCUCAUCCACUCGUCGCGGCUGUUGCCUCGGCUCGUCUCCGGAAGAAGCGCGGUCACUUCUCGAGAGACAGUCACCCCACUUGCAUGCAAAAGCGAAACCGUGCCUCCCGGUAUCUGCCUCCCGGCGCUACACUCACAACGGCUUCGUCUUCACCCGCACUUGCAGGGCUUCUUCUUUUUUUUUUUCUUUUUUUUUUUUACGCGUCGUUGGAUGGUUGAGCUCCUCGUGUCUGUGGCGCUGUAGCACCUGCACCGUACAGACCGACGCUCCUGUAAGGCUACUGCAUCGCUCUACAUUCCUGUGGACUGGACCUUACUUCAUCCGAAAGGUGCAGCAGGAUGCAGGGCGUACUGCCUGUGUGUGGACUGCAGCCCCUGCUGGCCCUCCUUCUGCUGCAAACUAUGGGCUGUGGCGUAACCAACGCCGACACUGUGGUGAAUAUGCGGAAGGUGACCCAUCAGACCAUUAGCGAGGAGCUGUCCAAGACUGUUCUCCUCCCCUGCCUCUUCACCCUCCGCCCCAGUGCCAGUUCAUCCCAUGAGCCCCCCCGGAUCAAGUGGACCAAGGUUUGGGGCCAGAGAGGCUCCGACGGCUUGCAGAAGGAACAGUCGGUCCUGGUGGCCAAAGACAAUGUGGUCAAGGUGAAGAAGGCCUUCCAGGGCCGUGUAACGCUGCCUGGUUACAAUGAGAACCGCUACAACGCCAGUCUUGCUCUGACAGGGCUACGUUCUAGCGACUCUGGUCUGUACCGCUGUGAGGUCGUGGUGGGCAUCAGUGACGAGCAGGACACGGUUCCCCUGGAAGUCACAGGUGUGGUGUUUCACUACCGCGCCCCUCACGACCGCUACGCCCUGUCCUUCGCUGACGCCAAGAGAGUGUGUGUGGAGAACUCGGCAGUCAUUGCAACACCAGGCCAGCUGCAGGCUACCUUUGCUGACGGAUAUGACAACUGUGAUGCUGGCUGGCUGUCUGACCAGACUGUACGGUAUCCCAUCCAGUCGCCUCGGCCCGGUUGCUAUGGCGAUCGCGAGGACUCACCUGGAGUCCGUAACUACGGCGAUAGGUCCCCUGAUGAGCUGUUUGAUGUCUACUGCUUUGCUAAGCAGCUUCAAGGUGAAGUCUUCCACUCCACAGUGCCAGAGAAGUUGAGCCUGGCCACAGCCUCUACCCACUGCCAUUCCCUGGGAGCUCAGCUGGCCACUGUGGGGCAGCUCUACCUGGCCUGGCAGGCCGGCCUGGACCAGUGUGACCCCGGCUGGCUUGCUGACGGCAGCGCCCGCUACCCUAUCAACGUUCCGCGGAAGAACUGUGGCGGAGACGAGCCCGGCGUGCGGACCAUCUACAACAACCCUAACCGCACCGGCUUCCCCGACACCACAGCCCUGUACGACGCCUACUGCUACCGAGGCCGCCAGCCAGCGGGGGUCCAGGCUACAGAGGCACAGGCUGUGUACAAGACCCCCAACCCAGCAGCAGAGGCCAUCUCCUCAGUCACUGAAGCCCAGCAUAGUGCCCCUUUUUCCAAGACUUCCACCUGGACUGGAUUGGUUGACUUGGACCACACAGGAGUCCACUCCAUUGCUGGAAUCAACAACUCCUCUGAGAUUUCUGAAGAGCAUGUAGUCAUCCACCUAAGGCCAGAGGAGGGCUGGGAUGAAAACCAGGUUGGACCCAGAAGCAGCCAACUCAGCCAGGAGGAGUCUGACGGCCCAAAGAGUAGCAACACCAUGGGCCUUUCUGACCUCGAGAGCCUGGAGAGCCAUGGAGGUUCUGCUCAUGAAGAAGAAGAUGGUGGCUAUUUCGGAUCAUCUGACACCUCAACAUUAUCCUCCAUAGCUUCUUCCACUCCCCAACCUCAGACCGGGAACAGUGUGUUGGCUGAGUUUGUGAACACUCUGAUGAGGCCCUUUAGCUACUGGAGAGGAGGUGAGGAGGUGGAGGAGACAGAAAAGGGACCUUCUGUGCUUGAGGAAAAAGCAGGAGAGAACCAGACGCAGGGAGAGGCAUCCAGCAGAAACCUGAGUAUACCAAAACCAAGUGGAAACAAGGGCAGCAUGGACAAUGCCAUCACGGAGCAAAGGAGUGGUAGUUUUUCCUUCAGGACUCCUACCAGUGGACCACAGAAUCCAGAGGAAGGUCUGUCCGAGCAGGAGAAAGAGGUGAUGCCACUGAUUCGAUUAGUGCCUGCAGUCCAAAGCACGGGGCAAAAUGACACCGCCACCCAGCCAGGCGAACGAGCCUCCAGCACAUCUGCUGACGAGCCUCCAUCCAACGGUAACGGAUUCACUGCAACAGGUCCCAACGAGAUAUCCCCAUCCAGUGAACAUGUCAACCUAUCCGGUCCUCAGGGUCCCAGAGGAGGCCCGGCCUUUGCUCCCGCCCCCAGCAGCCACUUUCGGUGGGCCAUCAAAUCCAUGCGUGGGUCUAAAUUAGGCCCUCCUGGAAAUGUAGCCUAUGUGGGUAAACGUCCCACCUGGGAGCCUAUGGAAGCCAAAGCAGGGCCACUCGAGGUGAUGACCCUGCCCAGUUCCCUUCGACAGGACAACUCUGAAAACUAUUCAGGCCAGGGGAGGGUCCAGGACGGAGAAGAGGCUAAGUCUCCAUUGGCUGCCAGAACUGCAUCAGGGGAGGAGAAGGAGACCGAGGGGAGCAGUGAAGGGAGCAACUUUCCCGGUGGGUUUGAAAUGAAAGCCAACGGCUUGGACGGCAGUAGUGUCAAACUGAGUCCUGAAACAAAGUCGUCACUCAGCCAAAGCCAGACUGAGCUUGUGACCGUGGCAGAGCACACCACUCUGUCCCAGUGGCAGCUAGUGCAACAGCCCAGCACCCCAGCUCAGGGCUCCCAGCAGCCAGACACAGCAAGCGAGGCCAGGGGAGAGAUCUUCUACGUCCACAGGCCCACUGACAACCUCUCCUCUGCUUCUUCACCAAGAGGAGAAAGUAGUUCCAAUUCAGGUUUCACUCCUCUUUUAAGGAAGCAAAGCAAAGGCACCAGCAGAAAGGAGGUGGUGACUCCCACACCCGAAGCCCUCAUGGAGGUGCUGACAACCUCUGAAGUGACCACAGUGGAGCUUCUGACAACCAGAGACACACAGAGGACGGAUCCUGUCACCACAGCAACCACCACGGAAAGUUCCUCAGACAACGCCACCCCCGAGGGGUCGUCUAUUUCCAUUUCAUGGGUUCAGGAAGAGCGGGAGAAAAGCCUCUCAGCUACUCCAGCACCCAGUGACAGAGCUCAAACGACUACAGGUGUCAUUCACUUGACCACCUUUGCGUCAGACUCCAACGUUGGCGCCACAGAAAUGGAAUCCAGGUCCGCAGUGUCUGAGUCCUUUGUGGUUGGAAGUCGGUGGACACCUUUCAAAAGCAUGAGCCCUAAGUCAGAGGAACCCAAAGCUCCGGUGUCUAAAGACAAGAAAGACACAAACAACCCUUUCGGCAUCCUCGUGCCCAACUGGACCUUCGGGCUCUUCCCAUCAGUGGAGAAUAACCCAUGCCAGACCAACCCCUGUCUCCAUGGAGGGAGCUGCUUGCAGGAAGGUGAUGGCUAUAGCUGCUACUGUCCUCAGGGCUUCUCUGGAGAGAGCUGCGAGAUCGACAUUGAUGACUGCCAGUCCAAUCCAUGCCAGAAUGGAGGAACCUGUAUCGAUGAGAUCAACUCCUUUGUGUGUCUUUGUCUGCCCAGCUACGGAGGAGCUGCUUGUGAGAAAGACACUGAGGGCUGCGAGCACACAUGGAGGAAGUUCCACGGCCACUGCUACCGGUACUUCAGUCGGAGACACACCUGGGAGGACGCCGAGAAGGACUGCAGGGAGCACAGCGGCCACCUGGCUAGCAUCCACAGCCUGGCCGAUCAGAACUUCAUCAGAGGUCUAAGCCAUGACAACACCUGGAUCGGGUUAAAUGAUCGUACAGUGGAGGACGACUUUCAGUGGACUGACAAGAUGGACCUGCAAUAUGAGAACUGGCGUGAAAACCAGCCGGACAACUUCUUCGCUGGAGGAGAAGACUGCGUGGUUAUGAUUGCUCAUGAGAAUGGCAAAUGGAAUGACGUGCCCUGCAACUACAACUUGCCCUACGUCUGCAAGAAGGGGACAGUGCUUUGCGGAGCCCCACCCACGGUGGAUAAUGCCUUCCUGAUUGGUCGGAAGCGUUCCCACUAUGACAUCCACUCUGUCGCACGUUACCAGUGCGCCGACGGCUUCCUGCAGCGCCACGUGCCCACUGCUAAGUGUCGUGCCAACGGCAGAUGGGACCGGCCUAAAAUCAUCUGCAUAAAAUCCCGACGAGCCCACCGCUACCGGCGCCACCACCACCAGGGCAGGAGGGAGCGCAGGAAGCACAAGAGGCACGGCCACAGAGAGAGAGGGCACCACGGAGGAGAACGGGGCCACAACCACGCACACGUCUGAACCAAAAAAAAAAAAAAACCCACGUCCUUUCCUUUUUCUCCUCUGCUGCCAACUGCGGUUUGCCUGUCUCCCUGUCGUCCCUUCCUCUCACCCCCUCUCCCCAAACACUACUUCCCACCUUGCAACUCAGAACUCUCCGCCCAAGCCCACUCUCUGCACUGCACUGCCCUGCCCUGCCCUACACUCCACUCCCUGGCUCCCCGAGUCAGCCUGUAUCAUAGUCAACUCCGAGGCCUGCCAAAGUGCUGCCAGGUGUCGCCGGGACGAUAACAGAUCCCUUUCUACUCUUUUGACUUUCCUUUUCUCUGUUUUCCUUUCUCGUCUUAACUCCCACCUAUCCUCUAACUCGACCCAGUUACUCUCCCUCCGAGCUCAACGAUGACCUGAAACAUGGGGCUACGCUGACCUGUUUUUGAAGGGGAAAAAAAAAAAAGAAAAAUACCUUUGAGAUCCACACCGAACAUUCUUCGGAGGGAAGCAGUUUAGUACAAACUAUAAAUAGGGACGACAUCACUGAAAACACUGUAUCAAAAUCAGACGAUUUGAGGAAGACAUCCGUGUUGUUGACUUUGAGCCUUCUGUCUGUUGAACACAUAUUAUUUUUUACAAAUACUCAGUAUUUAUUUCUUCACUCUGCUGCUUUUGGUUUGCUCUUUGUAAGACAUUGUACUUGACUUAAGGCGAGUUAUUCUGAAACAGUUUAAAUUAAUUUUUCUUUCAAUCCGAGGCAGUUGUAAUUGAAUGAUUUGAUUGUUAGCGUAUCGUAUCUUGUCGUCAGUGUGGGACAGUUACUUUAGAUCAGAUGCUAAACCCCCAGAGGAAAAUGGAAAACACAUCUUAAUUCAGUUUCAUCACACAACAUUACACAUCAGUCAAUUUUCAGGAGUGUCAAAACAAUCUCAAGCAGCUCUUGUUGUGUCAGACAUCCAUCCCUGUCAUUUUCCAGGAUUAAUCGGAGCCUUUGAUGUCAGUUUGUCUCAACUCAGCUCAGCAAUCCCACGUUUGCUUUGCCUCUUCUUACAGUUUGUGUGGCUGUAAGAAUGUGUGCUGGGCAUUAAUGGAGGCGAAGUUCCUCUCACUCAUUAACAGAGUUUUUACGUCUUGGGUUUGAUGAGGAGAAAUGAUGCCGUCAGCCUGGCACGACAGAUGCAGAGAGAGACGGAGCACGUUACAUCUAUCCAGUAGCAACCUCAUGUGUCACAGCAAGCACAAGAUAUGACAACUACACAAAAAACAUGUCAUUAAAAAGAAAUCUCAAAAUUUUACUUUCAGCCUUUCAAAACUUUUUCCUAAAACAAAACUGAUUCUGCAAUUCACUUAAUACUUGUUUUCAUGCUUUUCCAUUGUGUUAGGAUUUUUUCUAGGAAGAUAGUAAUUAUAUUCAAAUAGGACAGAUCCCUGUAUUAAUAUAAAGAAUAAAAGUAUAAUUCUUGAAGAAAACAACAACAUUGGUGUUUUGAUCAUUAAUGACCUUUAUAAUAAAUAAUCAAAAUAAAAGAAUUAUUACUCAUAGCAUCUUAGCAUAUAGCAAAAUAGCAAAAAUGGAAGUAAUACAUUUGCCAUUGCCAAAUUAGUCGUUUGACUUUGUCACUCAUAUAUGAGGACAUGUUGUUCUUAAAACAAGAUUUGUGUUAUCCCAGUGGUAGAUUAUUUAAAAAAAUAUAUAUUAUUAUUAUUUUAAGACUUGCAAUAAUUGAUUUCUUUGGCCACUUUGUACCCCACAACAUUGGCAGCUGUUAGCUGUUAUGGCUAACAUGUUAGCAAACAGAUGCCUAUUUACACAUCCAGCAGAUAUGGAGCAACAUUAGCAUUCACUUGGUGUCAUGACACCUAACAAAUGUAGGUCCAAUAUUCACUCAUCAGUUAAAUAUCUGGCCCUUUAGCAAGCUAAAUGCUCCAUCACGUUCACCAGCUAUUUGUUAACUGUGCAGGGCAGGUAGCAUACAUUCAGUUCAUCACAAUUUAUUUGGCUGAAAACAACUGCUGAAGGGAGCGAUGAGAGUGAAUGAAAAGAUUAAAUAAGAGGAAAGAGGCCAGGGUGAGUUGGGGAACAGGCAUGAAAACUAGCAGAGACUAAUGUUGAUGACUGAUGGAUCAAUGAAAGGUGUGUACACAGGGAAUCAGGAUGAAUAUAAGGCAGAAGACACAUAGCUGAGAUCUCUCGUUUGUGUGUGUGUGUGUGUGUGUGUGUGUGUGCGCGUGUGCGUUCGUGUGUGUGCGUGUGUGUGUGUGUGUGUGUGUGUGUGUGUUUAUGAUUGAGGAUGUUGACAGUGGCUGAGGUCCCAGAGGAUGAUGAUAGAGAGGGUCAGCAGAGAUUAAAGCUCCCCAUUUCUGGGGCAGACCGAGUCUCACAGCUGCUCACACCUGUGUUCGCUCCUCCCGCUUGUCCCGCUUUAAAGAGGGGAUUGAGACGAAUAGAACGAGCACUUUGCUCUCUUUUCCUCCCAUUUUACUGCCGCGUAAAUUGGUGUUUUUUAAAGCCAGCACUUGAGGUUGGAGCUUCUGGGAUUAUGUCCACUGACUCCAGCACUUUUAUCCUUUAUGUUUCCCCCUCUUGUUCUUGCUUUUUCCCUUCACCACCUCUCACUUGAGUGCUUUUCAUUUAUCUUCCUCACUCAACAUUCUUUUUCGCUUUCGCUGUUUUUUUAACAAUUUAAAAGUAGUGAAGCUCCUAAAUUCACUUCAACCAGAUCUUUUUUCAGGCUGUUUUUUUAGCAGCCUUUCACCCAUAUUAUAAAAAAUAACACUAAAGCAUGAUCAGGUUAUAUAAAGUCACAUGAGGUAAGAAAAUCAAUCCUGUGCACAUUAAUUCCCUGCCUUUGUUGUCUCUUUUCACCUUGGCAAUGACAACACUCCUCUCUGCACGGAGAAUCAAAGUGAACCUACACCUCUGUAUCAGUUUAAUUAAUCUGCUGCAUGCCUAAUUAACAAGUUGCAUUAUCUGCAGAACAGCGGAGCCGCGAUGACAAGGGAAGGGUUAGGUUGACGGACAGCCAGUGAAAGGUUUAGGGUGACGGACAGGAGACCCAGAGAACUGUCACAGCCAUCACACUCCUGUCGCUUCUUAGAUGUCAGGCUGCAACGGGAAAAUGGAUCGAGCACGGGUGGUUGAAUGAAAGGGCAGACAGAAGCCCCUCUCACAGUAAUUCAGAUCAGAGUUGAUGCCCAGAGACAGUGUAAUUAUAAGCUGUGUAAAUGUUCAGCUGUGUGACAGGAGUGGAAAACUUUCUGAAAAGUUCUGAAGUGAGGAACUAAAUUUGGGCCGGAGAACAGAGAGUGAGGAGACAUGAUUUGACAAAAUUGAAUUAAUGAUGACAAGUUAAUGAAAUUACAUUCCAACGGAUCUAUGUUGAGGUGAGGAAAAGAUAAUCUGUUGAAGUCAUGUUUAAUCUGCUUUUCUGUCUUCUUCGCCUCUGCAGAGAUUUUUAGGCCUACCACAAACACACAGAUUUAUGUUAAACUUCUGUGUGCGUGUGCGUGUGCGUGCAUGCAUGUGUGCGUGCGUGUGUUUUGUCUCUAUAAGGGGACAGCUUGUUUUUGGUCCAUCCUCUAGGAAGUUUUUGAGGGGAGUGAAUCUUUACACCUCUGUGUGCUCUUACUGUAGCUGUGCAAUUUGGUUGCACUCUGUCUA